AUCACAAAAGCUCCUCCGCUCUCUUCAAUGCGGUGUCACGUAGCCAAAUGGUCAGCUGGUCUAGACUAAACAAUAAAUUCUCACUCCGCUUGCUCCUCGGCACUUAUUUCGAAACACGUCCCGGUCUGCUUCUAAAUCACUGAAAGACGUCUCCACGGAUUUGACCUAAAUAUCGUUUGUUUUAGCCAAGUGUAUUGAACCGAUUAAUCUGCCAAUAUUGCGCCCAACGCCCCCCAGCUCUCGCAUUGCCGACGAGAUAUUAGUCCAAAAACAGGGAGUGUUGAUUAUCCAGAAUGCACCAAGACUGCAGAAACAAUAAUACUGAUGAUCAGGACAUAAGAUGUUAUAUUUUGGCUGCAUUCCAAGUCACAUGUGGUCUUAAAUGUAUAAGAAUACCCGGGGUGGAUUAUUUAAUCGUUCACUUGUAACCUUUGACGUUUUCCCACGGCUUCUUUUAAGAUCACCCUUGGACAUAAAGCACACUCCACAUAUUAUUCACCCUGGAUGUGUGUUUGGUGUCAAAACACACAUUGUCUGGAAUAACAGGACAUUCUCCUCCUGCACUCCUCUUUAGAUUAAGAACCCUCCAUCUCCCCUGCACAAAGUCAGACCCUCACCAUGAGUAUUAUCCAAGACAAGAUAGGCAAUGAGUUUUUGCGCAACGGAGGCAUGGAUCCCAAUUUUGCACCAGGUAUGCUUAUGUUCAGCCACCUGCCACCAGUCACCAGCUUCACACGGCUCACCUCCCAGUCCGUCAUGGGCGAGCUUCCCCAGGAGAUGAUCCUGAAGAAAGAGCGCGACUCGCCGCCGGAGCACCAGGCGGCGGCGGCCGGAAACACGGGGGGCUUCCUUCACAGCAUGGGUAUCAAACAGGAGCGGCUAAAUGAACUGGAUUACCGCAUGCCCCUCUACGGCGGAGGAGUAGGGGUGAACUGUGCUGGAGGGGGCGCAGGGAAGAGUGGGACGGACAUGCAAGAUAUGUCGUUUGGCAACCACCACCAAAAUCACCAGAACAUGCUUCUGCAUGACCUCAGCCUCAGCAACGUCCGCUCGCUUGGAGAGCCGAUUCCUCAAAGAGCAGGCAAAGAGCCAAAAGAGUCGUCGGGGAGAAGAGGUCGCAGGAGCAAUGGGGAUGGACAGGGAGGCAAAGCUCGACGGAAACGCAGCGACGCUGCCAAGGCCAUGAUGCUGGAUCCAGACGGAGCCUGUCUGUCCCCCAACUCCAAACCACAUAUCUGUGAGCACUGCAACGCCGCCUUCCGCAGCUCCUACCAUCUGCGCAGACACGUGCUCAUACACACAGAUCGCACAGGUGAGAGGCCUUUUCGGUGCAGUCAGUGUAACAUGAGCUUCAUCCAGAAGUACCUGCUCCAGCGGCACGAGAAGAUCCACAGCGGAGAGAAGCCUUUUAGCUGCGACCAGUGUAACAUGCGCUUUAUCCAGAAGUACCACAUGGAGCGGCACAAGAGGACACACAGCGGCGAGAAGCCGUAUCGCUGCGACACCUGCCAACAAUUCUUCUCAAGAACAGACCGGUUACUGAAGCACAAACGGACGUGUGGAGAAGCCAUAAAGAAGGGCCUAGACCCCAGCAUGCUGGAGCUCAGCGAGGCAGAGCUAGGCCAGGGCAGCUAUUCACUCACUCAGGGAAACUCUACCACCUCCGGACGCAAGAGGGCAAAGUCCAAAAACGGCGAGGGCGGCGAGCGGAAGAGGAAGAAGAACGCCGCAGCGGCGGCGGCCUCGUCUUCCAGCGGGAUGGCCGGUGAGCUGGGCCUCCAGGACUUUGGCAUGGAGCACCCGUCGGGCUCUGACCCCAGCAUGCAGGGCCGCACCCCCAAGCUGGUCUUUAAAAAAGCUGGCCGCAAGGGGCUGGACAAGGGCCUCCUCUCUCUGGAAGACGACGGACAGAAGUUGUUGGGCCAGAAGCCCGGGUCCAUGGAUCACGUGGAGGCUUCGGGCCUGGACAACAUGGCCCUCCUCCAGGGGCCCGGGGGCAGCAAGCCGGGCCCCGCCACCAGCAGCAACUACGACGAUGCAAUGCAGUUUGUGAAAAAGCGGCGCUACCUCCACGCGGUUAACAGUGACUACGGAGCCGGCUCGCUGCACAUGGCGUCCCAGGGCAACAGUGUAAUCCAGGGCUCGCUGGGCCCGGAGCCCACGCUGGCCAUGCUGGACUCCUCGCCGCUGGAGCUCAAGCACGACAAGUCGGGCAUCCCGGAAGAGGUGCUGCAAAGCCUGCUCGAUCACUAUAGCCAUAAGCCGGAAGGAACACACCACCACGAUGUGACUUUUGACCUGUCAGACCACCCCCACCACGUAGACCUCCAGCCCGCGGCCCCGGUCACCCCGGAGCUGGAGGACGACUCGCCCAACGGCGGCGACAAGACGGCGGUCAUGCACGAAUAUUCAAAGUACCUCCUGCAGGCCCUGGAGCGCACCAGCCAUAGCGGACCCUUCCCCAGCCUGGGCCCCACGGGGCCGUUCCCCCUCCUGUCCAGCAGCUCCAGCCCCACGGGCCCCCUCUUCGCCGACAAGCACGUGUACACCACGUCGCCGCUGGACUGCGGCUACCCGCCCGCCGUCUCCUCCCCGCUGCCCAUCGCCGCCCCCUCCUCCACCUCCUCCUCGUCGUCCUCCAAAUCCCACUACGGCAUGCUGGUGGGCUCGCCCUCGCAGGCGGGGUACCACCUCGGCCUGGAGCCCACCGCCCACCAGCAGCUGACUCCGUCUCAGGAGCUGACCGAGCAGCUGGAGAAGCAGCACUCCUCCCCUGGCGCCUUCAACCUACCUCCCCAGGACCUGACUGUGCAGGCAGAGAGCUCCAAGGGGCAGCAGCCCAAGGCCGGGGCGGGCGCCGCGCCCAGCAACGGCUCCACCUACCCCGACCUGUCCCCGCUGAACCCCCAGAAAGAAACCACGUACCAGAUCGAGAACUUCGCCCAAGCCUUCGGCUCCCAGUUCAAGUCGGGCCGGCGAACCCCUCUGAGCUACGGCGGCGAUCCUGCGGCCGAGGUCGACCACCGAAUACGGACUCCAGUGUCAGAAUUCUCAGGGUAUACCAGUUUGUUAGCUGACGUCAGCGAGCCGGUGAGUACAGGAUCGAAAACCCCGACAAGCCAAAGUUUCAGAUAAGGGUCAAACGAGGUGAAAUCCAAUCAGGGGCUGUUCUGUUACUGUCCAUGCGGUCCCUGCGCCCAUCCCAAUUUUGUUCUUGUAGCAAAAGUUUUUGUUUUUGAAACACUGCCAUUAAAUGUUAAUACAAAAUGACCAGGGAGGGUCUUUCAUGGCCUCAAAUGCAAUUUUUUUUAAAAAUAUUCUCAUUUUUAUGUAGAUGCUUACUUUUUUUGUUUAAGAGUAGUGAUUUUGAUAUGAACGUACCGUAGAGUUAAAUGUAAUUUAAAACAUUUAGAGGGUAGCUAUGAACUUGCUUGUUUUUUUUUUUUUUUCCUUCCUUUUUCUGUACCCUUGUGUUCUAUCAAUCAUACCAUUGUAAAGUAAUAACGAUGUUGAUGAUUUCAAUAAUAACAUUUGUGGCAGGGAAAGGCCCAGAAUUCAAAUGGCAAAAAAAAAAAAAAAAAGUAUAUAUUGUCUGUUACAAGAAACGUAUAAACUCAGGAAAAUAGGCAAAAUUGUGUAAUAAGACUUUGUAUGAUGAGAUGCAAUUAGCACAGUUUUUACAGGUGUACUUUGAGACUACAAAGCUUUGUUUGGUGUUUUUUUUUAAUUUUUUUUUUGGUUUUUCUUUUAAAAAAAAAAAAAAAAAAAAA